CAGCUUAAACCCUAGCUCUUAUUAAUUCGAUUCCACAGGAGAGAGAGAGAGAGAGAGAGAGAGAUUCAAACUCGAAAUUGCAUCAAUAUUCAAUAAUGUUUGACAGAGAAGAUAGUGAUUCCGACGCCCCUGAGGAAUUCACAGCUCUGCAGGGUAUACAACAAGACGAGGAGAUUCGCAAAAUUCAAAAAGAAAGUAAAGCUAGGUAUGAAACGCUUUACUGCUUUGUUAUUUUCUAUGCUUACCUAAAUUUCAGUUUCACUUUGUUCAAGUUACUUUCCAUGAUUUAUUAUUGGAUUCAUGAAAAAUUUGUCAACUUAAGCGGUUGUGAAUGUUGUCUUAACAUGACUUUGCUCCCUCGACAAUCCAAAGAAAGUAAGGACACUGCUCAAGGUGAAGAAGAUGAUGUAUCAGGUUCUGAGCCUCAGCAUAAUUCAAAUCCAGCUUCAGGGUUUCUUCCAGAUGACAUAGUGAAAAUGCUGGCAGCUCGUGAGAAACAAGUUUUCUUGCCUGACUCUGAUGAGGAGAAGGAGAAGGCUAAAACAAACCUUGCCACUUCAAAGAAGAGGAAAUCAAAGAACUCAGGUUUGGAACCUGUUAUUUUGAGCGAACUAGGCCCUCCUCAAUGUGUACAGGGUGCCUUAGAGUUCUUGAAAAAAAGAAAAAUGUCAGUCCAGAGAUCGUCCUCUGCAUUGAACAAUUCCAACAGAGCAUUUCGGCUCCUUUCUAAGUCUGGUGUGAUAUUACAGAAGUGAGCAUUUUUUUUCCUUCUUUUCUAUUGCCAAUAGGUGCAAGCGUUUCGGAAUUAUUUGCAUCUUUGAUAUUAUUGAUUUUUGUCCUGGGAGAAUUGUACUAACAUAUAGGAUAUUCAAGAUAGGCCAAUUCUAUGGUGUCUUUUGUUUGG